AAGGAGACGGCGAUAUUGGGUGCAUCCCAUUACAUCAUGCGGAAUGACACAAGGUGUAUAUUCGACCCUUUAUCAAGAACUCCGAAAACACCCUGUCAAAUUUGCAGAAUAUCUCCGUGUAAGUGUCGCAAGCUUUGAUGACCUUUCCCAACGUUUAAGUCGCCAAUUGAGACGGAAGGAUACGAAAUUUCGUCAAAGUGUAACUCCAGAAGAACAACUCAUGGUCACUCUGCGGUAAUGUUGAUCUGUUUGCUGUGAAGGAUCUUGAAUUAAUGCUUGUGGGACAAUCCAAAAAGUUGUUUUGCUGCAGGUUGGUUUGUAGGUUUCUGGCUAGUGGUGAAAGUUUUUCCAGUCUUCAUUUUCAAUUUCGACUAGGGAAAUCUACAAUAUCUUACAUUGUUAAAGUUACCUGCUGGGCAAUUUGGAAUCUUCUGCGUGAAGAAUUUCUUCCCCAUCCUACUUGCCAACAGUGGAUCAGCAUAGCCGACAAGUUUUAUGAGGUGACACAGUUUCCCAAUUGUAUUGGUGCAGUGGAUGGGAAGCAUGUGAGGCUCUUGAAGCCCCCACGUAGUGGAUCCUCCUUUUUUAACUAUAAAAAGUAUUUUUCUGUGAUCCUAAUGGCAAUUGUUGAUGCAAAUUACAAAUUUGUGGCUGUUGAUAUUGGAGCUUUUGGACGAACAAAUGACUCACGUGUUUUUAAAAAUUCUAAUAUGGGAAAAAGGCUGUACUCCGGAAACUUUGGUAUACCAGAGCCCAGGCCUUUACCAGGUACUACAAACCCUGCACUUCCAUUUGUUCUAGUCGGAGAUGAAGCUUUCCAAAUGUGUGGAAAUUUACUGAAGCCAUAUGCCAGCCGUGGUCUAGACUAUCGCAAAAGAGUGUUCAAUUACAGACUGACUCGAGCAAGAAGAAUGGUCGAGUGUGCUUUUGGCAUAUUGACUGCAAAAUGGCGAAUAUUCACUCGUCCAAUACAAUUGAAAACAGAUACUGUGGAUGAUGUCAUAAAAGCAUGCGUUGUGUUGCACAAUUAUGUACUGACCAAAGAGCCUUUGCCUAUGGAGCCACUGUCAUUAAAUCCACCAGGAGAUAACAUAGAAACUGGCCCAAGAUCAACAGAUUCUCUAUUGUUUGUUACUGUUUGUUUAUUAAAUAUGUACAGUUCAAAGUUGUAA